GCAGCGCGGCGGCGCCGGGACCGCGGCGCAGCCCCGGGGACAGGGCUCGGCCCGGCGGCGCCGCCGCCCCCGGGACGGACGCGCCCGCGGCAAGAUGGGCGCCCUGGCCCUGGCCCUGGGGAUUUUCCACUACCUGGGGCUCUACCUGCAGCUCGGCGCCGCCUCCCGGCACCCCCCGUGGGACGCCCCGGCGACGGGCAGCGCCCUCUUCACCGAGACCCCCCACGACAUGACGGCGCAGGCGGGCGAGGACGUGGAGAUGGCGUGUUCCUUCCGCGGCACCGGCUCCCCCUCCUACUCCCUGGAGAUCCAGUGGUGGUACGUCCGCAACCACAAGGACUGGACGGACAAACAGACUUGGGCUUCCAGCCAGCUGAAAUCGUCACCACCAGAGGAGCCCGGGAAGGACGCCACCAAAAUCAGCGUGGUGAAGGUGGUCGGCAGCAACAUCUCCCACAAGCUGCGGCUGUCGCGGGUGAAGCUGGAGGACGAGGGGACGUACGAGUGCCGGGUGAUCGACUCCAGCGACGGCAAGGCGCGGCACCACAAGGUGAAGGCGUACCUGCGGGUGGAGGCGGCGGGGGGCCCGGGGCACCCCCAGGACACCGAGCUGCGGGGGGCCCCGCUGGCAGAGCUCGCCGCGCCGGGCUCAGCCCACGCACACCACCACCACCACCACCACAAAGCCGGGAGGGAGCUGAAGAAGCGCUCGGCAGACACGUCCUGUGUGCUGUAGGCGGGCGGCGUGGGGGGAUGCCGGAGCUGCCCCCCCUUCCUGCCCUGGACUCAGCGGAGCCAUCGAGGGUCCCGCACCCCCUGCCAGAGACUGGCUCCACCGCCCCACCUCGUUCACCACCCCCCACCACCUCCCUCUCCCACAGGCCGCCGCAGGUUUCUCCCCCCAGCCCUGUGGUGCAGCGGUGCCAGGGCUUGGUGCGGGAGCAGGACUGUGUCCGUGCCAGGGGCACAUCGCUGGGACUGUGCCCGGGGCCAGGCUGUGUGCCCACACGUGGUGGUCCUCAUCCCCACGGCCUUCUGUGGGUGGGCACCUGCUGCUUGAUGCCACCGCAGUGCCGUGAGCUGUGCUGCGCCCGAGCUCUCCACCCAGUGGAGACCCCCCUGCCCACGGUACCUUCCCUGCCCUCCCUCAUGCUUUGCAGAACCGGCCGCCUUUUCCCGUAGGUUGCCCCGUUUAGUUGCUCCGUUCCAGCCCCACAGUGCUUAUCUAAGUUCCAGCCUCCAUCCUGCAGCCCAUGUGUAUCCCCCUGCCCUGCCCUGCCCCUGCCUGCCCCGAAGCCCCCCAGCACGUCAAGGCCUGAGCUCAGCAGAGGAAGGAUGGCAUGGCACGCUCCUGGCACGCUCCUGGCAUGCUCGGGCAUCGCUCAGCCAGGCAGCUGCCCGUGCUCCGUGCGUGCCCAGGGAGCUGUGCUGUCGGAGCCGGCCUCUUGCACCCAUCGCUCCUCCUGCCCUUUGCAUUUGGUGGAGGACAGGGGCUCAUCUGCCAGCCCCACCCACCCUCCCUCCAUCCCUCUGACCGUGCCAGCAAGGCUCUUGUCCCCUCCUGCCAGCUGAGCAUCCCUCCCUCCCACACCACGGCACCAUGUUGCCCUGGCCAGGGUCUGGCUCACGGACAGAGCC